CCCCCUCUUCCUCCAUUAGAGCUAUGAUGGAGAGGAGUUGUUACUGGUGUAUGAUUAUGACUUCAGGUAUGGGGAAAACUUUUAUCUCUGUCUCACUGAAGCAGCCAAAGACCUCAUACUCAAUCCUCCGGAGGAUGUUGUAGGUGAUAAAGGAGGUGAAGGAGAAGAGGAAGAUGAGCCGAUACCAGUGACCCCGCCCCCUAGGGUGUGGGUGUGUCUCGGAAGUGACAAGGAAAUAAUAGAAGGAAUGAUUAAACUGACACGCCCUCUUAUGAAGUUCAAUGUCUCCAGAAAGAGGAGGCUGUUUGGUCGUGAGAUACAGUUCUCUGAUUACAGUUACAUUAACAAUAAGGAGCUUUACACUGAAGUGACGCCAGUGGCUCCUGGAGCAACUUCUCAAGAGAAUAUCCUUGAAAUAAAGAGACUGGAACUGGAGCAAGGGACACAGGCUAUUCCUGAGGUUGCUGAUAAAAUCAUUCAAUCAAAAUGGAGCUGUCCAGUUAAUGCAUGCACUCAAUAUGAACCAAGGACAUUCAGUGAAGAGGAACAAGAGAGAGUUUGGAAGAGUGAAGAGAUGCAGGAAUUCAUGAAGAAUGUGACACCAAGAAUGGAAUUAUGUUUGCAGCAGAAUGAGAUUAUGGAUAUAUUCCCUGAUGACUAUCUCCUACUGUCCAAUGAUGAUGGGAUUGUUGCUAACACAACUGACACAAAUCUUAAGGAGUAUCAGUCAUUUACUGACCUCAAGUUCAGUAAAGAUAAAGUUGUGACUUGUAUUGACUGGCAUCCAACAAUUAAAGGUUUGGCAUACCUAUACACUGUACAUGUACAUGUAUGA